AUGCUGUUCCCCUCCGCCGCCGUCGUUGCCGCCUUCGGCUAUCUCGUCAGCCUUGCUUCGGCCCACAACAUCCAGCUCAAGGCCCACUCGCGCGAGUGCUUCCACGAGCAGCUCCAUGCCGACGAUAAGAUGACCGUGACCUUCCAGGUCGGCGACCGCGAGUUUGGUGGUAGCGGCAACCUUGAGAUCGACUUCUGGAUCCAAAACCCGUCGAACAACAUGCAGACCCACGAGCGUAGUGUUUCCUCCGGCGACCACUCCUUCGUCGCUCACCAGGACGGGAGGUACACCUACUGCUUCAGCAACGAACACUGGGCCGCGAACACCAAGGAGGUCUCUUUCAACGUCCACGGCAUUGUCUAUGUUCCCGAGUCCGAGGCGCCGCAGGAUCCGUUGGAGAAGGAGGUCCGCCAACUCUCGGAACUUAUCGCUUCGGUCAAGGACGAGCAGGGAUACAUCGUGGUCAGAGAGAGGACGCACAGGAACACUGCUGAGAGCACCAACGCCAGAGUCAAGUGGUGGAGCAUCUUCCAAAUUCUUGUGCUGGUCGGUGAGGGCGUCUUCCAGGUUUGGUGGCUGAAGAGGUUCUUCGAGGUCAAGCGCGUUGUAUAG